UUCCCGCAAUAACGUUAGCGCCAGCGAGCUGGGAGUUUGAACAUUCCGCACGCCUUUCCUGAAGCAGGCCUUUUCUAACGUCUCAGUGUGUCGCGUUUUUCCUUAAUCACGUAAAUAUACGUGAGAGCCCAGGAUUCGGUCAUUAUGCCUGGGACCUAACGAUUUUCUGUGAGCCUCACUUGCUUGAGAAGUUUUAUUCGUCCCUUGAAGAACUUUGUAGCUAGCUCCUGGAUUGGGAUUUCGGGUCAGCCCUGGUGAGCCGAGUAACGACAGUCAGUUACAAAACUCUUGAGCCUUCCAUUUCUUCUCCUGUAAAGUCAGAUUAAAGUACUUGGUACAUCCGGCUGUUGAGAGGCCUAAAGGAGGAAAUGGAAGAUAAAGUGACUAGUCCAGAGAAAGCUGAAGAAGCAAAAUUAAAAGCAAGGUAUCCUCAUCUGGGACAAAAGCCUGGAGGUUCAGAUUUCUUAAGGAAACGAUUACAGAAAGGGCAAAAAUAUUUUGAUUCUGGGGAUUACAACAUGGCUAAAGCAAAAAUGAAGAACAAGCAACUUCCUGCUGCAGCCCCAGAUAAGACGGAGGUCACUGGUGACCACAUUCCCACUCCACAGGACCUUCCUCAACGAAAACCAUCCCUUGUUGCUAGCAAGCUGGCUGGCUGAUUAAAAGAACUGAACUGCAUGAAUCUUCUAAUUCCCAUAAUUUUUCCUUAAUAUGUUACUUAUUCAUUUUUUAUUUUCUUUCAUUCACUAAAUCAUUUGAGACUGACAGCUUUGCAGGUAGUGGUAGUGUGUGCUGCUAUUGUAAGGGAAUAUACAUGUGUAGAGUUUUGAUUAGUUUAAUAGUGCACUGAUGAGAAGGACAUGUUACAGCAACAUAAGUAAUCUACUUGAAAAUAAUUGUAUAUAUUACCUAACUCCUAGUGUCGGACUGGUUUCAACAAGUAACAAGCAAGAUUUACAAUUUUAAUGUUUUGGCUUUCCUUAAACUUCAUCUUAAUUAUAGCUUUGUAUGUUAUUAUUUAAUAUAACCUCUAUUGUAUUGAUUUCUUCUGUAUUUUCCUUUUGGAUUUUGUAAAACAGAAGUUUAAGACCACAAGUUGGAAGAAAGAUCAUAUAUCUCAAACACAAAUACAUGGGCUCUGCAAGAUUUGAAUCUCUGUGCUUGAACUUGAAUGGCCUUAAACCUGUUUCAGCUUUAACAGUAGAAUUUUACUUGGGCAAUAUUUGCCCAUUCUGGUGUAACUUACGUGAUUCUAGUGCUUGACAGCUGCCAUUGAAGCUAGAAUUCUUAUUCAGUUCUGUAGUGUUAGAAUACCUUUUGUUGUUGAAGAUGUGAAUGAAGUAUGCAUGUGCAUUGACUGUUGAAUUCACUUUUGUGCCAUUUUUGUAAAUAUAAUAGUUUUGCACAACCUCACAAAUGUCUGUAUUAAUUUCACAUAUUGAAAAAUAAUGUGCCAACCAGAAGCACAAGAGUUCCUACACAAAACUCUGUCAUUACAGCUUUUAUAUAACAGUAGUAGUUUACAAUCUUGGGCUUACCCUAUACCAAACUAAAAUCUUUGCUCAGUCUGCCGUAGACUCAAGCUUUUCAUUUGUUACUAAUGUCCAUGAUAUUCAGUGGCCUUGUGCAAAUACGAUAUGUUGCUUAGGCAUAUCUUUUCAUCCUAUGCAGGACAUUUCAUUUUGACUUUUAUGAAAAUUUCAAUUCAUAUAAUUUAUAUAAACUUUUUUAAUGUAGAAACUUUUUACUUCCACACUCGACUUUGGGGACUCUGCCUUCUGUUCUCCAGCCUCUCCCCCACUCCGCCUUCUUUUUGUUUGAUUUUUUUUUUUUUUUUUUUUUUUUUAUUCAAAUGGUAUCGGGCUGUUUGGUCUAUAUGGAAGCAUAGGAGUCUAUAUCGUUACUCUAAAUUUGCUCUGCUGAAUGCUGUAUUUUAUAAUGCAAUAAUGGUGUUUUUCUUCUAAUUUCUCAGUUAACCACUCUUAAUCCUUUAUAAUUACUAAUAUUUGACAAUUGUUUAAAUAAAAGGAACUUAAUAAUGAAACAAAUAGUUGAUAAAACUGGCCCAGGGAAGCUGGCAUGUUAGCUACCUGAGAGAGCAUGGUACUGAUAUCACCAAGGUCAAGGGUUCGUAUCCCCUUAUUGGCCAGCUGCCAAAAAAAAAAAAAAAAAAAAAAGAUUGGCCCAGUGACAAGAUGUUAAGAUGAGCCUGUGUCAAGAUGAGCUGAAUUCUGGUAAAUAAUUUUAAGUAAUUAUGAGCUCAGUGAAUUAGGCUUAUGACAAUUAGAAUAAUUUACAUGAUGGGUAAAACUUAUAUGAAAAUUUCGAUAUUUGCUUCUAUAGAUGUCACUUUAAUAAAAUCAAUUUUAUCUAGUUAGUAAGAACUUUAACAGACUUUAUUGGGACAAAUUUACUGCUUUUAAAGAAUUUUUCCUACAAGUCGUAAUGCUAUAGCAUGAUAAUGAUCAAUAGCCUGAGAUGAUACUAUUUUUCUCUUCGUCUUUGACUUGCACAGAGCCUCCCCUCUUUUUGAUUCAGGAAUCCUUUCUGAAUCUUGCUUCCAUUUGUAUACCUGCUUUCCUAUGAUCCCAAAUCAUAGUAGAUGGUGCCUUGAACAUAGCACCUGCACUUAAAGGCUGCCUAGCACUCUGAGGAAAGCUUGCUGAUUACCUUCCUUCUCCACCCACCCCGAAAGACAGAAGAGCAACAAAAUCAGUAAUGUGUUCAUUUGUAAUUUUGAGGAUUAGUUAUAUACAAAUCUUUUUGUAAUGAGGGCAAGUAGGCUAUUCCACAAUAUGUAUGCUCAUUAUAGGAUUGAUUUAAGAAUUUUUUUUAAAUCCCAAAGUAGAAUAUUAUAGCUAGUCUUUUGUUUUUUUCCUGACUGUUUGCAAACUAUCACCAUUAAAUUCAUACAUCAAAAUUAAUCUGAAAGAUCAGAGACCAUGUUAUUCCUGACCAUGAUAGGACUCCUCCUGUAGUUUGGGAUAAGUGACAUAACACUUGCUUAAGUUUCAGUUUGUAAAAUAUAAUGUUAAUAUUUAACCUACCUCAAAACUUGUUGAGGAUUUGUGAAAUGCUGAGGAAGUGCUCAAAAUAAAAUAUUGUUGUCUUUUUUUAAAAAGUAAAUUUCCUCAUUUAAGCCAACCUGCCUUUUGUAAAGUCAGUGCUUAAAAAUCUCAGGAUUUUCCAUUAGGAAAGACCUGUCAUUAAGGAUUUGUAGAUAUAAUUGCUUAGCCUCCAUUCUUGGUGCUUGGGAUAGAGAGGUUUUAGAUUUUGCCUCAAAGCUCAGUUUAUUGAAAACGUUUUGCAGGCUGUUUGAUCAUUGCUUGAAUAAAGAUUUUAAGAUCAUUUAGAUGAGCUUAAUUGUCCAUUUCUAUGAUUCCAAAGAUGUGGUUUGAGAAAUGGUUCAUUUUAACCAUCAUCCAGUUCAUCAUAAAUUAAUGUUGGAGUAAAGCAAACUUGGGGAUAAAAAAUAACUUCAUGAAAACUGGCUAAAGUAAAGUAAAUUACCCAUUUUGUGUCUACUAGCUCUUUUGAUAGUAUGGGUUUGAGAAACAUUUCAUUCUUGAGGGCUACAUCUAACUAUAUUAUAGUUCUUGGCAAGUAAGAAUUGUUGGGUUAUUUUUGACAGAUUGAACGGAGCAUGUUUGUAGUCUAAAAAUUGUUCAAUAAUUUCACGCUGCUGACCUAAAAAUAUGUCUUAACUAUUCUACAAGGCAAGCCUUAUAAGGCCUCUACGUUUAUUACUUGCAACAGUAUAGUUGCUCUUUCUACUUCAGAAGAAGGAGAAGUGAGAAAAAAAGUGUACUACUUUCUGAAAGUUCUACUUCCAGAAAUAGAAAGUGUACCUCUGAAUAUUUAUGGAUACUUUUUACUAAAUCGGACUUAUAUUCUUUCUCAAUCUAAAUUAACGAAGUCAUAUCAAAGCUGAAAUUAGUAUCUUCUAAAAUUGGUGUUUGGUGUUCAGGAGCAGUUAGCCUAUGGGAAGAGCACUUCUGAGUAGUAACUAAAGCAGUUUCUUUGGUGGCCUUUUCACAUUCCCCAACAUUCAACAUAUUUUCUUCCACUUUUCAUUUUCCUUCUUUUACCUCAUUUUGCCUUCCUCUCCACGCACCCAUCCCUGCAAUUAUUUAAGCCCACUUAUGGCACCCAUCAAAUGGUGUUUAGGGCUGUGCCUCAAUUUAGGACACAUUUUUAAUUCUCUAAAACAUUGUCCUAAUCUGGAUGGCUAAUUUGAGCCACUGUCCCAACUCAGCAUGCACUGCCAGUCUCCCCCUUAUCUCUUCUCCCCUGAAUUCCCUACCACACCUUGUAAAAUUGGGAUCAAAGAAAUCUUACUCUGAUUGUUAAUCUAAGCGUAAAAACACCAAUUUUAAUACUGUUUUGCUAGUUUCAGCCUUCUAAGCAGUUAGUCCUAUAGGUUUUAUUCUGCAAAUCACUGGUGGUCAUGAUAGCCAUUAAUGUAUGUUUAUGUUAUGUUAUUUAUCAACUAAAUAGUUGGAAGAAAACAUCUUAUUCUUUUAAUAUUAUGCCCUCAAAUCUAUUAUUGCAUCUCCAGCAUUGUGGUGCAAUAGGGACACUUCACCUAUAUUAAAAAGGGCCAAAAGUAAAUGCCUUUUUUUGUUAAACAUGUCUAUAGAGUUGGCAGUUAAUGCUGAAAUUUGUCAAACAGCCCUUCCAAAAUUAUACUUGUGAAAUAUACAAAAAUAAUAAUAAAUUGAUUUACCUAAUUUCUAUU